GCGAAAGCACAACGCAGCAGCACAACGCAGCAGCAGCGAGCAGCGCAAAGCUCGCACCUACGCUUUGCCAGUUUGAUGCGCCCAUUCCGCAGACGCGACAACAGCACCAGCAACAGCAACAGCAACGGCAACGGCAAUAGAAAUAGAAAUAGCAGCAAAUACAACAAAUUUAAGGCAUCAAAACGCCCACAAACGUGUACGUGCAAUUGAACGCCAACAGGGCAGCAACAGUCAUGCCACUGGCUGACUCCAACAGGGAUUUAAGACAGCUACAGCAGCAGCAAAUUGAAGUCAAUAGCAGCAGCAGCAGCAGCAACAACAACAAUGCCGAUCAGGCACAGCUGGACAAUGCCAGCAGUGCUGCAGCAGCAACAACUGCAACAUCAACAACAACUGCAGCAGCAGCAGCAACAACAACAACAAUGGGUCUGCAGCUGCGUCAACGCAUGCAGAUUACCUCCUCCGGCUGUAGCAGUCUCGCGGUGACACCAAUGGAGCACACACCCACCGACGAGGAGAGUGGCGCUGUCACAACCGUGACGUCAUCGCAGCGUCGCCAACAACAACAACAGCAGCAGCAACAACAACAACAAUUGCAAGCAGCACUCGAACAACAUCACAUAACGCCAAGCAAAACACCCGAACAAAUGGAGCUGAGCGACUCGGAAUCGUACGGGGCAGCCAGCUACGAUGAAUUCGAGUUGCGUGAGGUGGUCAAAGAGGGUCACGACAAGGCGGAUCCCUCGCAAUUUGAGCUGUUGCGCGUGCUCGGUGAGGGCAGCUUUGGCAAAGUGUUUCUGGUGCGCAAGGUUCUGGGCAAAGAUGCGGGCACAUUGUACGCCAUGAAGGUCCUGAAGAAGGCCACACUGAAGGUCAAGGAUCGUGUGCGCAGCACCAACGAGCGAAAGAUUCUCGCCGAUGUGGGGCAUGCGUUCAUCGUUCGACUGCACUAUGCGUUCCAAACACCUGGCAAAUUGUAUUUGAUUUUGGAUUUUCUACGUGGCGGUGAUUUGUUCACCCGCCUUUCCAAGGAGGUCAUGUUUACCGAGGAGGAUGUCAAGUUUUAUUUGGCCGAGCUGGCGCUGGCGUUAAAUCAUCUGCACACGCUGGGCAUCAUCUAUCGCGACCUGAAGCCGGAAAAUAUACUGCUGGAUGAGCACGGGCACAUUGCUCUGACCGACUUUGGUCUGUCCAAGCAGCCGCUGGACGGCUCCAAGACGUACAGCUUUUGCGGCACCGUCGAGUACAUGGCGCCAGAGAUAGUCAAUCGCAAGGGUCACGAUUUUGCUGCCGACUGGUGGUCAUUUGGUGUCCUUAUGUACGAGAUGCUGACGGGGAAUCUGCCCUUUCACGGCCAGACGCGCCAGGAGACUAUGAAUCAGAUAUUGCGCUCCAAACUGGGCAUGCCCGAGAAUCUCUCGCCAGAGGCUCAAUCGUUGCUGCGAGCGCUCUUUAAGCGCAACCCAUUGAAUCGCCUCGGCGCGGGCGCACAAGGCAUACUGGACAUCAAGGCGCACUGUUUCUUCGCCACCAUAGAUUGGGUGCGGCUAGAGCGUAAGCUAGUGCGUCCCCCGUUUAUACCGGCGGUCAGUCGGGAUGAUGCUUUCUACUUUGAUGUGGAGUACACGUCCAAGUCGCCGCGCGAUUCUCCUGGCGGUCCAAUUUCGGCAUCAGCACACGAAAUCUUUCGAGGUUUCAGCUUUGUGGCGCCCGUGCUGCUGGAGAAUAGCACCAAUAUCAGCUGCUCCAACAAUGUCAGUCCCCUGCACGCCGUUCUUCCCGCCUCCUCAGUGACUUCAGUGGUGGCGGCAUCCCAAGGUCCGCGCAGCUUACCUGGUGUUCUGCCUGGCAAUUUUCAGACCGAAUACAAUCUGCUGCAGGAGCUCGGUCGUGGCACAUUCUCUGUUUGUCGCCUGUGCGAGCAUCGCGCCUCCAAGAAGCACUACGCUGUGAAGAUCAUCGAGAAGGCGGCCGUAGCAGCUGCCACCUCUGCAUCGGCGGAUUGCUGGGAGGAGGUGGAGAUUAUGUUGCGCUAUGGCAAUCAUCCCAAUAUCGUGACGCUCUAUUCUGUGUACGAGGACACCAGCUCCGCGUAUCUGGUUAUGGAGCUGCUUAAGGGCGGCGAACUGCUCGAUCGCAUUCUGGCCGUUGGCCAAAUGUGCGAGAGCGAGGCUAGCGCCGUGCUGCGCACAAUUGCCGCCGCCGUCGCCUAUCUGCACGAGCACGGCGUCGUCCAUCGGGAUCUGAAGCCCUCGAACAUGAUCUACGCGAGCAUGCGACAAACGCCCGAAACACUCAAACUCUGCGAUUUAGGCUUUGCCAAGCAGCUGCGCGCGGACAACGGCUUGCUGAUGACGCCCUGUUACACGGCCAACUUUGUGGCGCCGGAAGUGCUAAAACGGCAGGGCUACGAUCUGGCCUGUGACAUUUGGUCGUUGGGUGUGCUGCUCUACAUCAUGCUGUCGGGACGGACACCGUUUGCCAGCACGCCGAAUGAUUCGCCGGAAGUAAUUUUAAAGCGUAUUGGAUCAGGACAUAUUGAUUUUAGCAGCCCGCGCUGGUCGCUGAUUAGUGCGCCGGUGAAGGAGUUGUUGCGCCAGAUGCUGCACAUUGUGCCCGAGAAUCGGCCAACUGUGGCGCAGAUACUGGAGCACAGUUGGGUGCGUGACCAGUUUUUGGGCACUGUACAGCUGACAGAAUACGCACUGCAGCCGACUGCUGGCAGCAACAAUGCCCAACAGUUGACCUUGGGAGCACAGCAGCAGCAGCAUAACCACAUUUCGAUGGCGCUGCGUGGCGCUGUGGAUGCAACGUUUCGGGCAAUUGCAAUACCGCAGGCGGCGAACGUAGGCCCCGUGGAGCUCUCGAUGCUGGCGAAGAGGCGUGCCAAGGAUCGCGCCAAUCUGCAUUCCUAAUUGUUGUUAGGGCUGUGCCCGAGACGCCAAGCUAAGCGGCAGCUAAUUCAAUUAAUAUAUAAACUCUAUAGUAUUCUAAUGCAUUGCUGUGCAUUUCCGCAACGCCUUUGGGAGUGGCAUGGCGCCGUCAAUCCGUACCAGCGGCAGGGGCCAAACAACAAAUGCCGUUUAAAGCGACAGCGCUGCCCCAGCGCCAAGCUGCGCCUGGUCUGAGGAUAUGGAUAUGGACGUGGAGGCAAAACAACGCGCUCUCGCUCCCUACCCCACUCCCUAUUUUUCACUCGCUGGCGUUUCUUGCAUGCAGCGCGGCUACUUUCUAGUAUUUGGACGAGUAUUUGAAGUGUUAGUUAUUUAUUUUAUAAAAAACAUCCAUGCCAGAUGCGAUAAUAUAAACGAUACAUGUGUCUGUUCACACUGCAUGCGUGUAUGCAUGUGUAACUGUGCCCAUGCCCUGGUGCAAGCAGCAGCUUUUAAGCAUAUGCUUUACAUAUAUACAAGAUAUAUACAUGUAUAUAUUACAUAAUGCCUAUGCAAGUGUAUGCGUUCUUCCUCGAGCCCUUAAGCCCAUUUGCCUUGUCUCAGCUGGUUUUUCAGCCGGGCCCAAACGGAGGCAACACUCAAAACUAAAUCAAUCUUAAAUUAACUUCAAAUGUUGGCCAAAAAAUCGUGCUAAAAAUUU